CACAAGUAAUGAACCUGCGCCGGAAUUCAAAUUCCUCCUUACCGCACCCUAAAAAAGCCGUUUCAAAAUUUGCCUCCACCAUGCUCCCUCUCUCCCUCCUCCGUCACGAUCUUCUCCUCCGCCGUCGUCUCCUGUACCUCCUCCACCACCGGAGCACAUUCUCCACCACCACCCGCUCCGCUUCAUCGGCUCUUCGCAUUCCUCUCUCCCAUCCGGCCUACAUUGUCUGGUCGGCCAAUACCUCCCUCGGUAAGACUGUAGUCUCCACUGGCCUUGCCUACUCCUUCCUGAUUUCCUCACCCUCCAAAUUCCUCUACUUAAAGCCCCUUCAAACCGGCUUCCCUUCCGAUUCCGAUUCCCGUUUUGUUCUCUCCAAAAUCUCUACUCUCUGCUCCCGCCGCUGCGAGGAGGGUCAUUCGCUGUCCCUACUUGCUUCCAAUUCAGUGCUUCGAUCGUCUGUAUCAGCUGCGAAAUCACUAUUGGGGAGUGGUUUCGAACCUAAGAAGUGUGAGUAUGGGUUAUGUGAUUUGGAAUUUUACCACGAGAAACGGGUUGUGAAUGAAGGAAGUAAGACUUCCGAGUUGGUCUGCCAGACUUUGUAUGCAUGGGAAGAGGCUGUUUCUCCGCAUUUGGCUGCAGAGAGGGAAGCAGGGUUAGUAGAGGAUGUAGCAGUGGUUGAUAUGUUAGGGAAAUGUUUGAACAUUGGGUUUGAAGGAGAUGCUCCUAGAGAGAGAAUGGGUGUUUUCGGUUUAAUUGAAACUGCUGGCGGGGUUGCGAGUCCUGGACCAUCUGGAUCUCUUCAGUGUGACUUAUAUAGGCCUUUGCGUUUGCCUGGUAUUCUUGUUGGAGAUGGACGGCUAGGUGGUAUUUCUGCAACAAUUUCAGCUUAUGAGAGCUUAAAACUCCGAGGUUAUGAUGUUGUUGCUGUUGUUUUUGAAGACCAUGGACUUGCAAAUGAAACACCCCUGAUGUUAUAUCUGCGAGAUAGGGUACCUGUGCUUGUGCUGCCAACAAUUCCACAAGAUCCAUCAAACGACCUGAUUCAAUGGUUUGUUGACUCUGGGGAUGUAUUCAAUUCUCUAAAGGAAAUAAUGCUAUCAGCCUAUUCAGAAAGAAUAAAGAAGUUGAAUAGCAUGCCGAAGAAGGCUGGAGAUAUUUUCUGGUGGCCUUUCACUCAGCACAAACUUAUACUGGAAGAAACUGUUACCGUAAUUGAUUCACGCUGUGGCGAAAACUUUGCAGUCUUCAAGGGGCAGAGUAAUGAGUUCAUAACUCAACAAUUUGAUGCAUGUGCCAGUUGGUGGACUCAAGGACCUGAUGCCGCUUUACAGACCGAGCUCGCAAGAGAUAUGGGUUAUGCUGCUGCAAGAUUUGGGCAUGUUAUGUUCCCUGAGAAUGUUUAUGAGCCAGCCUUAGAAUGUGCUGAGAUUUUGCUUGAUAGUGUGGGGAAAGGUUGGGCUUCUCGGGCAUAUUUUUCAGAUAACGGAUCCACAGCAAUUGAAAUUGCUCUCAAGAUGGCAUUUCGUAGAUAUUCCUGUGACCAUGGAAUCCUGCAAGAUUUUCACGAAAAUAACACAACUGAAAGACGCAUUGAGCUAAUGGUUCUGGCGCUUAGAGGUUCUUAUCAUGGUGAUACUUUGGGUGCUAUGGAAGCACAGGCUCCAUCUUCUUAUACAGGGUUCCUGCAGCAACCAUGGUACACUGGAAGAGGUCUUUUUCUGGAUCCUCCAACAGUCUUUAUGUCCGACAGCAUGUGGAAUCUUUCCUUACCAAGAGGACUGCCUUCAAAUUUUCUGAAACUUGAAGAUACAAGUUUCAGGUCCCGUGAUGAAAUUUUUGACAGAAGAAGGGACCAGACAGAUAUUGCUGGAAUUUAUUCAUUGCAUAUAAAACAACAGUUACUGCGUCAUUCAGAAAUGGAAGGGCUAAAUUAUAUUGGAGCUUUGAUUAUAGAACCAGUUAUACAAGGUGCUGGAGGAAUGCAUAUGGUUGAUCCACUUUUCCAGCGUGUACUUGUAAAUGAGUGCCGUAGUCUAAAAAUACCAAUCAUAUUUGAUGAAGUUUUUACAGGUUUUUGGCGUCUUGGGGUAGAGACUGCAGCAAAACUACUAGGAUGUUUGCCAGAUAUAGCCUGCUUUGGGAAGCUGAUGACAGGUGGGAUUUUACCGUUGGCAGCCACAUUAGCCACAGAUACUGUGUUUGAUUCAUUCAUUGGAGACUCAAAGCUCAAGGCCCUUUUGCAUGGACACUCGUAUUCUGGACAUGCUAUGGGGUGUACAGCGGCUGCUGCUUCCAUGAAGUGGUUUGGAAAUCCCCAGACAAACCCCAAUGUAAAUUCUGAAGGAAGAUUGCUCCGGGAGUUAUGGGAUAUGGAACUGGUUCAACAGAUUUCAUCGCAUCCUUCUGUUAAACGAGUGGUUGCAUUAGGAACUCUCUGCGCCAUAGAGCUACGAGCAGAUGGCAGUAAUGUUGGGUACGCAUCGCUUUACGCAGGCGCUCUCAUUCAAAAGCUCCGAGAAGAUGGCGUUUACUUGAGGCCUUUGGGUAAUGUAAUUUAUCUCAUGUGUGGACCUUGUACCUUGCCUGAGAUCUGCCGGGAACAACUGAUCAAACUUCGUAGAAGACUUGAAGAGUUGAAUCAAGUAAGCGAGUAAUUAGUUGUGAUAGUCAAGAAACUACUGGUUGUAAUGGAUCCGUUUGGCAUCAUUAUGGCAGCCUUGAAGGAUUUUUUUUUGUUCUUAAUUAGUUCAUGGUUAGGUAGCUUUAAUCUCUAAGUUCUCAUCGUAUUUAGUUGCCAAAUUGUCCUAAGAUGCAAUAAGUUGACACAAUGUAAAACUUUGCCUUGUUACAUUUUUGUGAUGUUAAUUGCUGGUUCUCUUCGGACUU